CUUAUCAAUGAGGAAAAGUCAGUCCAAGUUAACACAGAGGAAAAGUCAGCCAAGCUUAUCACAGAGGAAAAGUCAGCUCAGCUUAUCACAGAGAAAAAGUCAGCUAAGCUUAUCACAGAGGAAAAGUCAGCCAAGCUUAUCACAGAGGAAAAGUCAGCUGAGCUUAUCACAGAGGAAAAGUCAGCCAGCUUAUCACAGAGGAAAAGUCAACCGAGCUUAUCUCAGAGGAAAAAUCAGCCCAGGUUAGCACAGAGGAAAAGUCAGCCAAGCUUAUCAAUGAGGAAAUGUCAGCCAUGCUUAUCACUGAGAAAAAGUCAGCUGAGCUAGUCACAGAGGAAAAGUCAGCCAAGCUUCUCACUAAGGAAAAGUCAGCCCAGCUUAUCCCAGAGGAAAAGUCAGCAAAGCUUAUCACAGAGGAAAAAUCAGCCCAGGUUAACAAAAAGGAAAAAUCAGGCAAGCUUAUGACAGAUGAAAAGUCAGCUGAGCUUAUCACAGAGAAAAAUUCAGCCAAGCUUAUCAAUGAGGAAAAGUCAGCCAAAGUUAACACAGAGGAAAAGUCAGCCAAGCUUAUCACAGAGGAAAAGUCAGCUGAGCUUAUCACAGAGGAAAAGUCAGCCAAGCUUAUCACAGAGGAAAAAUCAGCCCAGGUUAACACAAAGGAAAAGUCAGCCAAGCUUAUGACAGAGGAAAAGUCAGCUGAGCUUAUCACAGAGAAAAAGUCAGCCAAGCUUAUCAAAGAGGAAAAGUCAGCCAAGCUUAUCACAGAGGAAAAGUCAGCCAAGCUUAUCACAGAGGAAAAGUCAGCCCAGGUUAUCACAGAGGUAAAGUCAGCCGAGCUUAUCACAGAGGAAAAGUCAGCUGAGCUUAUCACAGAGGAAAAGUCAGCCCAGCUUAUCACAGAGAACAAGUCAGUCCAGCUUAUCACAGAGAAAAUGAAGUCACCAAACCUUGGAUUAUCAACAGAUCCAGAAUGUCUAGUGGUGUCAAGGAAUCAAGAUACUCCAAUCAAUACAGAGAAAUCAUUUUUACAUGAGCUUCUGAAGGAAGACAUUGCUGAUGAAUACAUUAACAAUGAUAAUGAACGUGAAGAUGAUGAUUACGAUGAUGAUGAUGAUGAUGAUGAUGAUGAUGGCCUGUUUGGCCCUAGAAGGCUCUUCUUCUUUGGUGUUGACUAUUUUAAGGGUGCUAAAAAAUCCAUUUGUUGAAAACAAACAAAAGCUUGAUGGAAGGACAGAAGAAUAGCUACUAGUUUGGAGGA